UAGUUUUCGCACCGCAGUUCCUAGUUCCUCACCCCAGGCUUCCGGACUGGAAGGACAGCUGGGGAUAAAACGAGCCUGGUGAAGCCCAGGAGUCACUGGCCACUGAGACUCAGCUCGACUUUCCCUGUGCGCUGGGAUCCUGCUGGAACCUCCGCGACAACAUGAGCUCCGCAGCCGGGCCCUGCGCCUCCCACCCGGGGCUGCUGCUCCUGGGGUUGCUGCUCCUGCCAGCUCUGGUCGCCUUCGCCAGCGGUGAGAGCAGAAGCCAGGCUGUGAGGGCCGGCAGCGGCGAGGGGGGUCCGGGAAGCCCUGGGGCUGGGGAGGAGUCCUCUAGGCUGCUGAUCGCGGCUACACUUAGCGCGCGCGUGCUGAGUGUGCGGGCACCGUGCCAGGCGCUGCACGUGCACCGCGCCACCUGCUCAGCACAACUUCUCUCCGAGGGAAGUACGAUUUAUGCUGACGCUGAGGAAGGAGAUGGGGACCUGCAGUGCCUGUGUGUGAAGACCACCUCCCAGGUCCGUCCCAGGCACAUCACCAGCCUGGAGGUGAUCAAGGCCGGACCCCACUGCCCCAACGCCCAACUGAUAGCCACGCUGAAGAAUGGGAGGAAAAUUUGCUUGGACCUGCAAGCCCCACUGUACAAGAAAAUAGUUAAGAAACUUUUGGAGAGUUAGCUGCCUAAGUGUGUGCAUUUGCCUUAUAACAUACUUUUCCCCCUACUUUCAAUGUAACUAUGAAAGAACUUCUGAUAUUUGUAUUAUCCCUCUAGUUUUAAAUAAACAAAAUAAAUCAA